AUUUGCCGGUGCCGCUGUUGUAAACAAAAAGUGAGAGACAGACGCUUCACUGAAUUUUCGGGUCAUUUUUAUUUCUUUAAUUUACAAUGUCUCUGGGAAUGUCUUACAAACCCAAUGUCCAUCAGCACAUUCCGGGAACUUCUGGGAACCAAGUUGGGAACCUCCAGUCUCCAGCAGCGGCGAACUUAGCCACGUUGCAGUCGUACAGGCCGCUCCUGAGCGACUAUGGACCUCCAUCUCUGGGAUUCUCACAGGGCUCCACUGGAAGCCAAGUGCCUCAGAACAAAUACGCAGAGCUGCUGGCCAUCAUCGAAGAGCUCGGGAAGGAGAUCAGGCCCACAUACGCUGGAAGCAAGAGCGCGAUGGAGAGACUGAAAAGAGGGAUUAUUCACGCCAGAGGGUUGGUGCGUGAAUGCUUGGCUGAGACUGAGAGGAACGCGAGGUCCUAGCUACCGAACACACACACACACAUUCCUCCCUUUGCAAGAAGAAGAACUAACAGUGUGCGUCUUACGAGAAAAGAGAAAAAAAAAGAAAAAAAACAACAACCUGCAUGGCAUUUCCUUUUGAGAAGGAGGAAGUAAAUGAAGAAAAAAGGAUGAUGAUGAUGAUGAUGAUAAGAGAAAGCGAAAAGAAAAAAAAAGAAAAAAUCACAAUUCAUGACUCCUGUGGGUGUUUCUGGAGGAUCAUUUAAAUCAUGUGUGGAUUAUUGGAGUUCAAAUGAGAGGAUAUCAUGUGUUUUUAAUGCCCCACUUUUAGGGAUCUCAGUUUUGACUACAUAUUUAAAAAUGUUGAUUUAUGCAUGCGAACAGGCCCGUAGGUUAAGUGUAGACACUGCAUGGCUUGUACA